CUGCAGCGGGGCAAGAGAGGAGAGGAGAGGGGGAUCAAAAUAAGCCGAGUGAAGCGUAGGGAAGGGAAGACAGCGAGGAGAAGAGCUAGAGACCAUCAGCCAGGAGUGAAGAGUCCGGUUCAUGAAGCCAAAUCGGCUGCAACAUCUGGAGCGAAGCGCAAGCUGCGAAGUUCGGACACGAAAUACGCGCAUAUCCGUGUGAAACGUCCUCCUCGGGUUCACUUCAGCAUCUCCGUUAAUAAUCGUCGAGACAAAGAAAGAAUGCACAGAUUGGACCGAGACCAGCCGUCGUUUUAGAAAGCCCAACUGUAAGUCGCAGAGACGCACAGCUACAACUUGUGGAGACGCGUGUCCGCUCCGCGCCAAGCUCAGCUCCAGGGAAUUCGUCGCAGGGAUCUUUAAAAUAAAUAAAUAAAUUAAAAUAAACAGAUGAUGUUCUGACAAAUAGUAAAACAAGAGUGCGUUAAGUGUCACAGGGGGAACGAUCCGUCUUUUUGUUUUUGUCGCUGUUGAUUUUUUUUUGUUUUUGGAGAGUCACCGGAUGGCACUUGGGCUGAAAGCGCCUGUCCGACUGCUGCUGCUGGCGCUGGUGUGGGAGCUGAGCGCACAGGGAGAGUUCAAGCCAGAGUCAUGGCUGCAGCAGUACGGUUACCUGCCGCCAGGGGACAUGAGGACUCAUGCCCUCCGCUCCCCUCACUCCAUCUCCUCAGCCAUUGCCGCCAUGCAGAGGUUCUACGGGCUCACCGUCACCGGUUCCAUCGACACCAACACUAUUGAGGCCAUGAGGCGGCCGCGCUGUGGCGUGCCAGAUAAGUUUGGCGCCGAGCUGAAGAGCAACCUGAGGAAGAAACGAUACGCCAUCCAGGGCCUGAAGUGGAACAAGAGAGACAUCACUUUCUCUAUUCAGAACUACACCCCUAAGGUGGGUGAGUAUGAGACCCAUGAGGCCAUCAGGAAGGCCUUCAAGGUUUGGGAGAGCAUCACCCCGCUGCGUUUCAGGGAGAUCCCUUACAGCUACAUAAGAGACAAGGUGGAGGAAUUUGCCGACAUCAUGCUCUUCUUUGCGGAGGGUUUCCAUGGUGACAGCAGCCCAUUUGAUGGCGAGGGGGGUUUCUUGGCGCACGCCUACUUCCCCGGUAACGGCAUCGGGGGAGACACCCACUUCGAUGCAGCCGAGCCUUGGACUAUUGGAAACCGGGAUCUUCUAGGUAAUGAUGUGUUCCUGGUGGCGGUCCAUGAACUGGGCCAUGCCCUCGGUCUGGAGCACUCCAACGACCCCUCAGCCAUCAUGGCUCCCUUCUACCAGUGGAUGGACACUGAGAACUUCCAGCUUCCUGAUGAUGACCGCCGAGGGAUACAGCAACUUUAUGGGUCUGGAUCAGGCCCUCAACCGCCUCCUGUGACGCCACGUACACCUUAUCACACCCCCGAUCCCCCCAACUCCCCAGAUGGACCUCGCUUUGGCCCCAACAUCUGCGAUGGACACUUUGACACCAUUGCCAUUCUCAGAGGCGAGAUGUUUGUCUUCAAGGAAAAGUGGUUCUGGCGAGUGCGUCACAACCGUGUGCUAGAUGGAUACCCCAUGCCGAUCGGUCACUUCUGGAGAGGCCUGCCCACACAUAUCAACUCUGCUUUUGAAAGGGAAGAUGGAAAAUUUGCCUUCUUCAAAGGCGACAGAUACUGGGUGUUUUCUGAAUCUAAUCUGGAGUCUGGUUACCCUCGGAAUCUGAAGGAAAUGGGCACUGGGCUUCCUAAAGACCGAAUAGACGCAGCUCUCUUCUACACCCCCACUGGACAGACGUACUACUUCAGAGCAAACAAGUAUUACCGCUUCAAUGAAGACUUGCGAACCGUUGACGAUGGCUAUCCAAAAUCUAUCAGCGUGUGGCAAGGAGUGCCAGACAACAUCAAGGCUGCCUUCAUGAGCAAAGAUCAGGCGUACACCUACUUCUACAAAGCCAACAAGUACUGGAAAUUCAACAACCAGAAUAUGCGCGUGGAGCCGGGAUACCCCAAGUCGGCCCUCCGUGACUGGAUGGGCUGCCCCAAUGAAGACCCCAAGACUGACGGAGGACGCGGCGGAGGCGGACAUGACAAAGACAAGGAGAAGGAGAAGGAGAAGGACAAGGAGAGGGAAGAUAAGGACAGAACUAGGGAUAGAGAGAGGGACAGGGAGAGAGAGAAGGAGGUGGACAAAGAGAAGGAGAAGCAGGAGGAUACAGAGGUGAUCAUUAUUGAGGUGGAUGAGGAGGGCCGGAGCAGCAGCGGCGGGGGCGCAGCGGCAGUGGUGGUGCCGCUGUUUUUGUUGGUGUGUGUGAUCGCAACGCUGGCAGCCUUGGUGUUUUUCCGUCGGUACGGCACCCCACGCCGACUCCUCUACUGCCAACGAUCUCUACUGGACAAGGUUUAGACAGAGGAGCAGGGGAGGGAGAGAGAGAGAGAGAAAGAGCAGAGAGGGAGGGGCAGAGACAGAGUGGAAAGAAAUGCUGAACGGAGAUCUGAGCAGGAGCAGGAGAAAAAGAGAAAGACGAAACAGGAGAGAGAGAGAGAGAGAGAAGGAAAGAGCAGAAAGCAGAACACUAGACUUAUAUUUCAUGUUAAAAUGUCUCUACCCCUGCCAAAGAAAACAUUGAAGAGAUUCCUUUUGCUCUUUCUCUCAACCACUCCAUCCCUCUAUUUCCAAACUCUUCCAUUUUCUAAUUCCUUCUCUCCCUCUCUCUCCCUCUCUCUCUCUCUCUCUCUCCCUCCCUCUCUUUCUUUGUGGUUGUUGACGCCAGCUCAUCGCUGUUUGUUUUAGCCUUUUUUCAAUGUCUUAUUUUUAGUUUUGUCAGUGGUCUGUGUUUGCGUCCUUGUGAAUUUCAGCUUUGAACCGGCAGUGUUCAGCAUCUUCAUGUCGCCCAUUUCUAGCAUGUUCCUUAGUGUAAAGCAUACAAACAGCGUGUUGAUUGUUCUUUCUGAUCCUUUGUUAGCAUGUACACAUCAGCUCACGUACACACACACCCACACACACACGCACAUUUGCAAACCACAGUGGCGUAGUCAUUGUGUUUAUUCGAGGAAGGCACCGUGUCAGAGCCAGUAUGAACCAUAAAAGGCAAGCAAAACAUUAGCCGACGUCCUUAUGAAGCAUGAGAAACACUCAUAUGAGAGUCAAGCAAUAAAUAUGACUGUGUCCUUAAUAUUUCUUUUUCAUAUCAAUGUCUUUAAUGAUUAUUAUUAUUAUCAAUGAUGUUGUCAUUAUUAUUAUGACUAUUACUAUUGUUGUUGUUGUCCUCCGUGUAUAGAAUGUGUUUUUUUUUUUUUGUACAUUGUCAUUAAAAAGUCCUGCUGGACAGUGACAUACAGUUUUGAAAGUGGCCUUAAUUUUAUAUUUGGGGACAGUGAAUGGGACGGGGGUUAUAUUUUCUUGAAACUUGAUUGUUUUUUUUCUGAAUCCAUCUCAAAUGAAAA